AUGUCGGGGGACGGGGCUGCUGGGAAGCCUGUAAAGGGGGCUGCUGGGAGACCCGCCGAGAAAACCUCAAACUUUAAGGGAGAGAAACAAAAUGCGGACUAUGGCGUCUUCGGUCAGGUCUUGUACCACCUGGUGUCUUUCACUGAGGGUUACGAGCAGCAGGUGUUGUACAUGUGCAUGAGGGCGUUCGAGUCGACGUUGGGUUUCUCCAAGCGGCAGCUGACGAUGCUGAUGACUGUGUCCAUCAUGUCGCGCCUGUGCUGCUCACUGGUUUGGGGGUUGCUGGCGGACGCCUUCGAGACUAAUCUGGUGUUGGCUGCGGGGUUGUUGUUCAUGGGCAUCGCCUCGAUUUUGCUCAGCUGGACGUCGCACUACUCGGCGAUCCUCUUCUUGCGCUUCUUACACGGCGCCGCGUUCGGUUGCGUGUACCCAGUUCAGCAGAAAAUGAUCUCGGAUUCAGAUGACGAGCAGAACAGCAGCACAUUCACCCGACUUCACGCUCUUAAUACCAUCGGCCGCAUGCUGUGCGCCGUCUUGACUACAGAGGCUGCCCAGAACAUCUUGCUGGGAUAUAUUGGCUGGCGCGUAUCGUACGUUGUGUUGGGUUAUGUGUGGAUUUCGGUUGGCAUAGGGAUUAUAUUUGCAAUUAAAACAAAUCCGGUACACACCUCUCCCUAUCAAUCCAUGACCGAAUUCAUCAACCAGAUAUCCGGGGCCUUUAAAGCGGUUUUUUCGAAUUGGUCAGCAUUUUUGUCUAUCUUUACGAUGUUGAUCGCGGAGGCUCCGAUGUGCACGCUUCCGUACAUGAUCACGUACCUGGAGUAUUUGGGUGUGUCUGACCUGAAGGUGGGCGUUGCGAUUGUGGUCACGACGAUCGGCGGCGCAGCAGGAACUGCGGCCGGAGGAAUAGUUAUAGACAAAAUUACGAACUUGCAUAAGGAGUAUGGUGAGCUGAUUGCCGGCAUCGUAGUGAUGGGCGUCCGAUUAAUAGUGUGCCUCUUGUUCUUCAUCUCCCCCGCACCAGACGGACGUUUGCAUUGGUACCACUACAUAGAGUUUGCGAUUAUGGGCGCAACGUUGGUUACGGUUGGCGGCGUGGAUAGGCCUAUUAUGAAGAAAGCGAUAGAGGAAAAGUACCAGGCCACCGCAUCGGCUAUAAUCCAGUGCAUAUCCGGCAUCUCGAUUAGCGUCAGCUUCGUCGAGAUUUUCGCGUGGGUGUCAGAGAAGCUGCACGGAUACGUGCCAUCCAAGCAACCACUCGAAGCCAUGGACGACGGUCUGAAAGAUAGAAACACCGAGGCCCUGAGGAGGUCGACCAUGUACAUCAUCGUGAUAGGCUCAUUGCUCAACAUCGCUUGCUAUGGAGCAUUGUUUGGCACAUACAAGGAGGAUAAGGAGGUUGUUGAACAGGAAAACAAGAAAGAAAGGGAAAAAAGGGCAGAAAGGGUGUAUAGUAAGGGAACUUUAGGGGAAAGGUUUGUGACAGAAGAAGAGAUAAAAGCAAGGGAGUUGGCAGUGCCACAGGACGCAAUGGGAAUUGAAGUUCCAGUGGACUCUGAUAGAGCCCUGAGCAGGACAGACGAUGAUAUGGUGGCACCAGGAGGUGUACGAGACUUUUUGCGAAUAACGCCAAGGAGUUUUCGCAAAUGA